AUGACCUGCUUCGAGAAGGAGGGCAGCUGGAGCCUGUCCUUCGCCGGCGCGGGUUUCCUGGGUCUCUACCACGUGGGCGUGACCCACUGCCUCGGUCAGCGGGCCCCGCGCCUCCUCGGCGGCGCCAGCCGCUUCUAUGGCUCCUCGUCCGGGGCGCUCAUGGCCCUCGGCAUCAUCUGUGGCAAGUCUGUCGACUUCUGCUGCUCCCGCCUCCUGGACAUGGUCAAGCACGUGGAGCAGCUGAGCCUGGGCAUCUUCCACCCCUCCUUCAUGCCCGUCGAGAGCAUCAGGCAGGACCUGCAAGACCAGCUGCCUGCCAACAUUCACAUCCUGGCCUCCCAGCGGCUGGGCAUCUCGCUGACCCGCUGGCCCGAUGGCCAGAACUUCAUCAUCACUGACUUCGCCACCCGCGAUGAGGUCAUCCAGGCCUUGGUCUGUACCUUAUACUUCCCUUUCUACUGUGGGAUGAUUCCCCCCGAAUUCAGAGGGGAGCGCUACAUCGACGGCGCUCUGAGCAACAACUUGCCCUUCGCGGACUCUCCCUCCACCAUCACCGUGUCGCCCUUCCACGGGACAGUGGACAUCUGCCCCCAGAGCAGCUCGGCAAGCAUGCACGAGCUGAACGCCUUCAACGCCAGCUUCCAGAUCUCCACCAAGAAUUUAUUCCAGGGGGUCACCUCCCUCAUACCCUCCAGCCCCGAGGUAAUAGCUGACAACUGCAGACAAGGCUACCUGGAUGCCCUGAGGUUCCUGGAGAGAUACGGACUCACCAAGGAGCCAGUGCUGUGGACGUUGUUGUCUAAGGAGCCCCCAGCCCCAGCUGAUGGGACCCAGGAUGCUGACCACGACAGAGGCCAGAAGGCAGGCCUGUCUCUCAACUGGGCAGUGCCCAACGUGCUGGUCAAGGACGUGCCCGACUUUGAGCAGCUCUGCCCAGAGCUGGAGGCUGCCCUGAAGAAAGCCUGUAUGAGGGACCCCAGCGCCUGGGCCUCCUUCUGCCGGUCGGGGCCUGGGCGGGCGCUGACGUACCUGCUGCUGCCUUGCACGCUGCCCUUUGAGUACAUCUACUUCCGGAGCAGAAGGGUGGUGGCGUGGCUGCCCGACGUGCCGGCCGACGUGCGGUGGAUGCGGGGCUUGCCGAGGAGCUUGGCCCUCGAGGUCUACUCCAGGAGGAAGGACCAGCUCCCUGGGCUGGUCAGCCUAGUGGUCACGAGCCCCUUCCAGCCUGAGGCCGCUCCUCCCAAGGACCUGGCCAAGGAGCCCAGACCUGCCCGUCAGUGA